UCUGAAACCACACGUCAGGCAAACCGAUACGAACGAAGCGAAAAAGCACAAGUGCAAUCGAAAACAAAGACACACAAGUACAUACAAGCAGUCCAAGGCAAUCAAACAAACCGAGGCAGAACUCACAGACGCAUCACCAGCGGACAAGCACGCUGACACACAGCAUGUCCACGACACGCACACAGACAAGCACCAAAUACAUGCACUCCUGCGCAGGAGACACGCAGCAAAGUGAACACGGCAAGCAUCAAUCUGCCAGAUCACAGCCCCGAAGCGAGGCCGGUGUGGCUCCUAUAAGGCCCGGGGCUGAUGAAGUCUUCUGGGAAAGCGCUGGCCCUCCGGGGCCCUCUGGGGGCUGCUGCUCGCUGCGCACGGCUAGACACCUGGAAGGCGCCGUGCUUCAUCAGCUCGACCAACAGCAGCUGGCUCCAAUGGUUGAUCACGCUCUACGAAAGACUCCAUCCUCAGUGGCGGGAAUCGCGGCUGGACGGGGUCUCCACUUGGCGAGCAUCUUGAGGGAAUCCAUCGUUUUCUCACACCACCUGCCGAAUGUCUCCGCAGCGAGGGGACGAAUUGAAAGCCGGCUGCGCGGGCGGCAGGGCCAUAUUUAUCGAUCAUAUUUAUCGAUCUUGUCCUUCUCUGCGAGAGCCGCUGCCUUACCGCCAGGCAGCUGUGCGCCGCGCCGGUUCACCGUCCGGUGGAACGGGAUGGGAGAGUCGUCGGGUCGGCAGGGGUGGGUGAUGGUGACGUCGAGCAGAUAGUCAUGGCCGUCGAUCACACAGUAGAUGUCCAUGCGCUGGCUAUUGGGAUUGUCGUCAGGUGGGAUAAUGCCGAGGCUGUGCAGGGACACCUCCACAUUGGAGGGACAUCUGCCUCCGCCAGGAUGCGGACGAACAGGUUGCGCAUGUUGUUGUGUCUCAAGUUCGGCGCACGUCCGGUGUUACAGAGGAAGUAGUGAUCACCAAACUUGUCGACCUCACCGUCGCAGAUGCAUCGCUGUAAGACAGUUGCGUGCGGGAGGGCAAUGCCGAGGCACUCGGUAACAGCGUGGUGAUACUGGAACCUGUUCAGUGCCUUCUGCUCACUGGACGGGAUGGCCGACAGCCACUCAGACGAGAGAGGCCCGCGGCAGCUCAGAAGGCGACUGCGGGCCCUACCAUCAGGCGGGAGGGAGUUGAAGAACUCGUUGAAGCGGGACUUGUAUAGCUGGUCGGUCAGCCGUUGCUGCAGUCGCACCUCGGGCCUCGAGACAAGGUCUUGGAGGGAGGGCAGCAAGAGAAAGGGACCGACCGCCUGUGCAACCGCAGCAAGAGCGGGAGCGGCCGCCUGGACCCAGGGCAAGUCGAGCAGUCCGGAAGCCCCGCCUUGAGGUAUCCAUGGGGCCCCACGGAAACGGCUGAGAACGUCAGACGCUGUCAGGCCGACCGAAGCAACAAAGGCUGCACGCGCGAUCGUGACCGUCGAGUCAGACCGAAACCUCUCAGGCGAAUAGGCAGCUGCACCUGCGCCGACACCGAAUCGGGAAAGUGGCCCGGUAAGCGAAACAUGCGCCUGAAUGCCGUGAUGAUGGCGGCGUCAUGUCGCUCAGUGGUAGGUGGGGAAUUGUCGGAGCCCGGCGGAAGGAGGCGCAGCCAGUAGCUCAGCCGGGGUGACGCACAGUAGCGGAGAAGCAGGCCAGAUCCCUAUAGACCUAACUGGGCAAAUAUUACAAUAGCAUCGUGCAGCGGCUUGUGGUCGUCGCGGAUCUUCUCAAGGCCGCGCCGGAUGAAAGGGGUGAGGCCAAGAGGACAGCCGAGGACCGUGAUGCCUUCGGCAGAGCACUUGACACCAGAAGCGGCAAUCUCAGCGGGGACGUCACAGGGCUGUCGCCAAUGAGGGCUCCAGGCAGCGCUCUUGUCUCGACGCAGCUUCAGCUUCUUCUCGGCCAGAAGCUGUUCAGCUCUGUCCACAUACCUCGUCACACGUGUCUCGUAUACUCCUCCAUAGAUGUCAUCCAUGAAAGCACCAAUGAAGUCGUCCAGAAACUCUUCCUGCAGCUUGACGAGGGCCGGAUGGAGGCCCAGACAGAAAAGGAAUGGUCCUGCAGCGUCGCCCUGCUGAGUCCCCUCUUGACUGAGGAUGGUCUCAAUGUGACCGUCUUCCAUGCGAUACCACAGCGUUGCGCUGGCCACUCCCCGUCGCGUUAGCGCCAUUCACAGUCGAUGGGACCCCACGCGAACGCGUGUCGACGAACUGUUACGAGGGGGGAGGGGCCCCCGAGUAAUGGGAGGCGAUCGGCCAGACGGAGAGCAUAGGAAAAUGGCGGGCAACAAAUAUACACAGUUUGUCGAGAGUGAUUUUUGGUCGCCUUGAGGUUGAGUGAGGUUGAGUACGUAUCUCAGAAGGGCUGGACAAGAG